UACAGUCUGUUCAUCGCUCAGGAUGUUAAAGGCAAUAGCCUGGGCCGGUUGGUUAGUCAUUAGCAGAAAAGAAAGAGCAGUGAGGGUCAGGACUGGUCAAACCUCUGAGACGGACUUGAGGCGGGGAGAGAGCUGCUGGCAAAGGCAAGACGUGGAGACAGACUUACUUGGAGUUCACCUGUUUCUCUUGGUAACUUUUUCCUGGGCCAGGAACCAAGAUGCCUCUUUUCUCUUCUCAGGCAUUUGUCUAAAUUAGGCGUUCUCAAAUUUCUUUUUGUGGUGGGAAUCCUGAGAAACCUUCCCACCGAUCAGCUGCCCACUUUCUACCGGGUUUUGCCCUGGGGCCACAGAAAGGGAGCCGGUGAGUCUCUGCAAGCAGGUUGGCCUGACGGCUGUGAACGGGGCUUUGUACACUCUCCCAGAGCCGGCAGGACUGGUGCUGACUGCAAAGUUUCCGGGUGGAGGAAGAGAAAGUGGAUCUGCAGAGGGUGAGGGGAGAGGGAGAAGCCCCUCUCCCCCACUCUCCCCGCGGCCGCCAUGGGUAACCUCUGCCUGAGGCUCCGGCCCUGCCUGGAUCGGUGUCCCCACUGCUGGUGGUCUGAGGAGGCGGACAAGCCCGGGGUGAUUCAGAACCCCUGGGCUGACAGCCCUCCCGAUCCUCCCCGGCCGCCGGCUCCCGAGCCCGAGAGAAGCCAGGGCCAGUUCUUUGUGGCUCUAUUUGAUUACCAGGCUCGGACGGCCGAGGACCUGAGCUUCCACGCGGGUGACAAGCUCCAGGUCCUGGACAAGUCUCACGAGGGCUGGUGGCUGGCCAGGCGCUGGGAGAAGAGGGCCGACAGCUCCGGCCGGCAGCUGCAGGGCUACAUUCCUUCUAACUACGUGGCUGAAGACAGGAGCCUCCAGGCAGAGCCGUGGUUCUUUGGAGCUAUCAAGAGAACAGAUGCUGAAAAACAACUAUUAUAUUCAGAAAAUCAGACAGGAGCUUUUCUAAUCAGAGAAAGUGAAAGUCAGAAAGGCGAUUUCGCCCUUUCAGUUUUAGAUGAAGGGGUUGUGAAACACUACAGAAUCAGACAACUGGAUGAAGGGGGCUUUUUCCUCACCCGGAGAAGAACCUUUUCAACACUGAAUGAAUUCGUGAGUCACUACACCAAGACAAGUGAUGGCCUGUGUGUCAAGCUGGGAAAACCAUGCUUAAAGAUAGAAGUCCCAGCUCCCUUUGAUUUGUCAUAUAAAACUGUGGACCAGUGGGAGAUUGACCGCAACUCCAUACAACUUUUGAAGCGAUUAGGAUCCGGUCAGUUCGGUGAAGUGUGGGAAGGCCUGUGGAACAAUACCACUCCAGUAGCAGUAAAAACAUUAAAGCCAGGUUCAAUGGAUCCAAAUGACUUCCUCAGGGAGGCACAGAUAAUGAAGAACCUAAGACAUCCAAAGCUUAUCCAGCUUUAUGCUGUUUGCACUUUAGAAGAUCCAAUUUAUAUUAUUACAGAGUUGAUGAGACAUGGAAGUCUGCAAGAAUAUCUCCAAAAUGAUGCUGGAUCAAAAAUCCAUCUGACGCAGCAGGUAGACAUGGCAGCCCAGGUUGCCUCUGGAAUGGCCUAUUUGGAAUCCCAGAACUAUAUCCAUAGAGAUUUGGCUGCCAGAAAUGUCCUUGUUGGGGAACAUAAUAUCUACAAAGUGGCAGAUUUUGGACUGGCACGAGUUUUUAAGGUAGAGAAUGAAGACAUCUAUGAGUCUAAACACGAAAUAAAGCUGCCGGUGAAGUGGACUGCGCCUGAAGCCAUUCGUACUAAUAAAUUCAGCAUUAAGUCCGAUGUGUGGUCAUUUGGAAUCCUUCUUUAUGAAAUCAUUACUUAUGGCAAAAUGCCUUAUAGUGGUAUGACGGGUGCUCAGGUAAUCCAGAUGUUGGGUCAAAACUAUAGACUCCCUCAACCAUCUAACUGUCCAUUGCAAUUCUACAAUAUCAUGUUGGAGUGCUGGAAUGCAGAGCCUAAGGACCGGCCGACAUUUGAGACACUGCACUGGAAAUUUGAGGAUUAUUUUGUAACAGAUUCUUCAUAUUCGGAUACAAAUAACUUUCUAUGAUGAACACUGAAGAGGAAGAACAAAUAAUGAAGCAGCAAUAAAACCCAAUGAUCAGUUCAGCAAUACAAUCAUAUUAACCAGCUGUAAAAAUGAAUUUCUCUUCACAUAUUCAAGUAAUAAGGUAAACUUGGCCACAUGAUAUAAAAAAGAUUAAAUGUACAUUUUACCAACUGGGCAAUACCGAAGGACAGUCUAAGAUGAAAUAUCAUCUCCCCACUGCCUGGCCAAAUCAAACGUACUAAACAGAGUUAUUUUUCUUUUUAAAAGAGACUUACAUUUCUAUUUAUUGUUUGAAAUGCCGAUCAAGAGGAUCAACAGAUGAUACUCAAUUUUUACUCAGUGACUGUUGUAGCAUUUUCCUGUUUACUGAUUAAAGUGGUUAUUCAUUAUUCCUUGGAUUGCUGAAUCCCAUCAGGCUGUUAUUAUGAAGGAAUUUGAUUGCUUUUCUGCACAGCAGGACCUGUGCUUUGAGAUUUUUUUUUUUCUCAUUUAAAAUAUCCUGUAACUACAAUGAUGGCAAAGCCAUGUUAAAUGACUUGAUUGUACUUGGAGUAAUUGCACAUAUUUUUUUCCCAUGCAUAAAAAAAUGAAGCAGCUGUUGAGAAAAAGAAUUAAAAUCUCCCUCAUUUUGUAGAAGGAAAUGAUGGAAUUUUUCUAUACCUCAAUGUGUGUCAUCUGAGAUUCAUCUACAUUAGUUUUAGGCUCUUAAUGUUAAGAAUCAGAUUGCAAAGCUGAUGAGUUAUUAUCUAUGGAAAUAUGCAAGAAACAUCUAAUAGCCUGCAAGAUCUGAGAAAUAAGUAUCAAAAUAGUUUAGGAAAACGAAGAUCAGUAGGAUUGCUUUAUGACCUAGGAUUUCUGAAUAAUAAAAAAAAUGUACUUUUGGCAUAUAGGCCAGAUUUUCAAACUGACUACAAAACAGGUCAAAUUCUGCUUCAGAUCUAGAAAAUAAGGAUCAGGAAUAAUAAGGUUUCAUAACCUUGGUUUUAACACUGUAUUUUUUGUCUGGUUAAGCCAAAAGGGUUUUUUACUCAUCUUAAGUUUUAAUUAACCUUUGCAAGAAUCUUAUUUCUUUUAAGCAGUUGGUUUAUCAAGUUUUGUGCCUCAUUAGAUAAGUAUAGAGAGUCCUCAAAGAAAUAUAUGAAAAGAUCUUCUAAUGUAAAGCAAUAUGAAUGAAACAAUUCAUAAAAUUUUGAGUACAUUGAGAAUAUUUUGAGUAUAUUCUCUCAUCUUUCUUUAAAAGUAAGGAAGAGCAUUUCUAAGCAGUUACGGAAGCCCCAACACAAUGUAGAUUAAGCACUAAGUAAAUCUGUAACUCUCUAAUUGGAAGACAGAAGUCAUUAAAAAGGAGAUAACAGGUCCCAGAUGGGGAGUCGCUUGUGCUAAGCCCCAAGUCAGCAAACCUAGACCUAACACUUACCCUAAUUGCAGUUUCAGCCUCUCCCAAGAAUGUAACCUUUAACCAACCAAUCAACCUGGAAUUACUGGGUCAGCACAAGGGUGGUAAUCUGCUGGAUAGACCCCUUCCAUCCCACUUAGGAGGACAACCUUGUCCAAAACAAUGCAUUCUUGGCUAAUAACUUCCUUUCCCCACCCCCUUUCCUGUUUUUAAAAGUCCUUCCUUUUCUAUGGCAUGGCCUAGCUGUUUUCUAUUUGUUAAAUGAGAUGCUGUCUUGAUUCAAGAAUCACUGAAUAAAGCCAAUUUGAUCUUUAAAUUUA